AAAGGUUUUAAGCUCGUAAAAAACACUCGGCAAUCACAGUAGAACCGACAAUGGCAGAGGAGGCGCACGAUAAGGCGAAGAAACGAAUGGCCGGUGCUGAUGAUUUACAGUACCGAAUUAAGGCCGCCAUGCGCUCUCGCGUGCCCCACUUCAAGGAGCAAGCCGACUUGCUGACUCUCGAGGGGGUCCGGAGAUUGUUAGAGAAGGAUAUGGGAUUGGAGACUCAUGAAUUGGAUUCACACAAGAGAUUCAUCAGGCAGUCUCUAGAGGAGUAUUUAGCUGGUGGUGUUGGUGAGAAUGACUCCAAGGGUCCUGUAGUUACUGCUAAAAAAUCAGCUAAAGAAGAAGCAGCAGAAUCUCCUGAAGGAUUUAAGGGGAGGAAAGAUAAGAAGGAACCUUUCUCUGAAGAGGAGGAGAAAAUGGAAGACUCUCCUGUGAUGGGGCUUCUGACUGGCAAUAAAACAGAGAAUGAAAAAAGUGGGGAAUCUCAAAUUAAUGACAAUAAAGAAGCUCCAAAUGAGAGCACUAUUAAGAUCGCCCUUAGAAAAAGAGUCUCUUAUGUCAAAGCUAACUCAGAAAAAGUUACGAUGGCCGGAUUUCGUAGACUUCUGGAGGAAGAUCUUAAGCUUGAAAAAAAUACUCUUGAUCCUUAUAAGAAGCUUAUAACCGAGCAGUUAGAUGAGGCAUUAAACUCUUAUGAAGAUUUUGAAUCUGCUGAUGGGCUUAAAAAGAAAAAUAUCAAAAAUAAUUCUCAAAGGAAAGUGUCUAAAAAGGGAAGGAGUGAAGAAAGUUCCACUUCUUUAGAUAGUGAGAAUAACGAGGAAGAGGAAGACGAGGAUGCAGUAAAACCGAAAAGAAAAAUUGCUACAAAAGGGAAGAUGCAUAACUCAGAAGAGCCUAAAAAACGGAAAAGACCUGAAAGGGAAGUCAAAGAAUCUGGAAAGAAGCGGGUCAAAUCUGAGGACAAUAGUGAUGCGGAAGAAAGUGGAGCCUCUGAAGAUAUUCUCUCUCAGUCUUCUGCUGAAGAACCUAUAAAGAAAAAAGAACCUUCGACUCCGGCGUAUGGUAAACGUGUGGAGCAUUUGAAAUCAGUUAUCAAAUCGUGUGGGAUGAGUAUACCUCCUGCAGUUUACAAGAAAGUCAAGCAGGUUCAUGAGAACAAACGUGAGACUCAAUUGAUAAAGGAACUGGAGGAGAUACUUGCUAGAGAAAGAUUGUCCUCAAAUCCUUCUGAGAAAGAAAUCAAGGAAGUCAAAAGAAGAAAGGAUAGAGCAAAAGAGCUUGAAGGCAUUGACAUGAACAACAUUGUAUCAAGUUCUCGUAGACGGUCAACUACCACUUUUGCAGCUCCUCCAAAGCCCCCACCAGUAGUAACUGACGGGGAUGAGUCCGAAGAUACUGACAGCAACGACAAUGAAGAUGAUGACGAUAGUGAUGAUGAGGGUAACGAUGAUGAGGAUAACGAUGAUGAGGAAAAUGGUGGUGAUGAUGGCGACGAUGAAGAGGUUGAUGAUGAGGAAGACGAUGACAGUGACUGAGUUUUUCUCAAGCUGCCGCACAAUGACGAUUGAUGGCAAGUGUAUGUACAAUUAAGAAUGUAAUAUGUAUCAUGCGCCCUCAUUCCUAUUAAUUUUUCUUUUUCAGUCUUUUUUUUUAGAGCAGGUAAUCUUUCAUGGAAACUUUACUCUUGGACUUGCCUUGUAGCAUGUGUAAUUUAUAGCUAGUUCGGUAACCCAUGAAUAGGCAGGCUUCUUGCCCUGAAAGUUAAAUUGGAAAUAUAUCAGUUCACUGAAGAUACCAUAGGAGGCUAUUAUAUAUAGAAGAGACAGAGAGAAGAAUCAGAAGAAAAACUAUAUAAUUAGUGCUUCAUUGUAGCACAUA